AUGUGAGGGUUUAGCAUUUUUAAUCUAAUUUACCUGUAACACAUACGUGGUCUAAGGCGAUUAACUUCAGUGUUAGAAGACAAGUGGGGAGCGAGUGACCUGAAAGAAAAACCACAAUGGCCGAUCCUUACUAUCGAUAUGGUGCUUUCGCAGGCAGAGGUAUGCCUAAUUUUCAUGGCUACAUGUCAUCAGAAGUACCAUCUUUGGCUUCUCGUCAUAUUCCAUUCUCUAAUGAGUUGCGGGAUGCUGCUGCAGGUUUUCCGCACAGAGAGCAAAUAAAUCCAUCGCAGCCUGGGUCUUAUGGGUUGGAUAAUGUUUCGGGGAUUGGGGUUCAUUCUGAGCCUUUUAUUGGUGGAGUAAUAGCAGGAGCUAGUGGAAAGCGGUACCCAUCUCCUCUAGAAGAUCCAAAUUUGCCAAGCCAAAGACGGGAUGCAUCAGUUAACAUUACUCCAGCCAUUCCUGACAAGAUCAAUGACAGGCCCAGUUCUUUGAGAAAUGUUGAUGGUCCUUCAGCCCCAAGGGCAGAGUCAAACAUUCUGUUUGUUGAUGGGCUCCCUACCAAUUGCACUAGAAGGGAAGUAGGCCAUCUUUUCCGUCCAUUUAUUGGCUACAAAGACAUCAAAGUUAUUCACAAGGAGCCCAGACGUAGUGGAGAUAGGGCUGCUGUCUUGUGCUUUGUGGAGUUCAUUGAUGCAAAGUUUGCUGUCACUGCUAUGGAAUCUCUUCAAGGGUACAAGUUUGAUGAUAAAAAUCCUGAGUCCCCUGUCUUGACGAUCCACUUUGCGAGCUUUCCUUUCCGUCUUCCAGCUGAUCGGGAUGAGCAGUGUGUUGGAAUCCCGCGUUAAUCACAACUUUAUUGGUGAAUUGAGAGUAGAACUGGUUGCCUUGCAUUUGAUAUGAUGCAAAAAGAUGCAGGCCUUCCUUUUCUAAAUUACAUAGAUAGUUUGCUACUGUUGUAUAUGCAAAUUCUAAGGAUUAGAGCAUCCAGGGAAAAGCUUGUUUCUCACACAGGUGUGCUGUGGGCAGCCUACACAGUACUUUGUAGAAUUUGAAGGUUCAAUCUUGUGAUAUUGUGGACCUUAAACUUUGCUGUGUUACUUCAGUUCAUUUUGAUGAAUUAAUUUUAAGGUAUGGUCAAUGUUUCCCA